CCAGUAUAUAUUCGGGCGGGGCGGGCGCCUGUCGAUACGGUCGCCAGGGGAGCACACGCCCGUCGCCGUCCAAUCAGAUUCCAUGGCACCCUGAUGGCUUCCUCGCUCGCCCAAUCCGGACCCUCAUUCAAUUUCUGCGGGCGAGCGUCCUGAUUGGCUGCUGUCUCUCCGUCCUCUACCCACCGCCAUGUCCGAUCCCCGCUUUGCACGAUUCAAGACAGACCCCCGCUUUCGGCGGGUCAAGAAGGAACAACAGAAGGUCGUCGUAGAUGACCGCUUCAAGCAGCUCUUUGACGGGGACAAGAAGGGCAAGGGCAAGAAAGGACGGGUCGACAAGUACGGCAGACCGUUAGCCGACACCCACGAACAGGAUAAUCUACGUCGGUUCUAUCGUCUCGAAGGCGAGGAUGAACCGGCCCCGAAGGCAGGGCCAGACUAUGCACGAGGAGAGGUCCUCCUCGAGUCCUCCGACGAAGAGGACGAAAUCGACAGGCCGGCCUCUGAGGAUGAGAGUGAAGCCGAGGACGGCGUGCUCGUCCUCGGCCGCGACGUCUCAAAGCCCAUCCCUGUACCCCGCGAUGACGAAGACGCCGAGAUCGACCUUGACGAGGACACAUUUGCUGAGCUGGACGCUCAGGUCGCUGCCUAUGCUAAGGAGCAUCCGGAAGGAGAGGGUGCUGACCCCGAAGCGGGCCGCACUCGAAGGAUCGCUGUCGUGAACCUUGAUUGGGACCAUGUCCGUGCUAUUCACCUCUACAAGAUCUUCUCUUCUCUAGUGUCACCAACUGCACCCGCUGCGGCCUCUUCGUCUUCGUCUAGUGGGCAGGCAGCGAAGGCUAAGGGCAUCGGGAUGGCAGUGCGAGGCAAGGUCCUCAGCGUGCGCGUUUACGCUAGCGAGUUCGGCAAGGGGCGAAUGGCGAGGGAGCAGAGAGAAGGGCCGCCCCCGGAGCUGUUCAAGAAGAAGGGCGACGAAGACGAGGAAGAAAUCAAUGAGAAGACCAUCUUUGAAGUCGGGGACGAGGAGGACUAUGACGAGGAUGCACUGAGGAAAUACCAGCUCGAGCGACUACGAUACUACUACGCUAUCGUGGAAUGCGACGGCGUAGAAGCUGCAUCACACAUCUACAACGAGCUGGAAGGCACGGAGCUCGAGCGUUCAGCGAACGUGUUUGACCUGAGCUUCGUCCCGGAUGACAUGACCUUCGACGACGAGCCUCGAGACGAGGCUACGGACGACCUUUCCAUCCCAUAUAAAGGGCUCGAAUUCGUUACCGCUGCCCUCCGUCACUCAAAAGUCAAGCUAACUUGGGACGAAGACGACCCCGAGCGCAUCCAACUAACCCGACGCACCCUCUCGCGCAAGGAGAUCGAAGAGAACGACUUCAAGGCGUACCUCGCCUCCUCGACCUCCGGCUCCGAGUCCGAGGCCGAGGCCGCGCCCACCAAGGGCAAGGGCAAGUCGAAAGACGCAGAGCGCGCGAAGCUCCGCGCGCUCCUGCUCGCGGGCGACGAUGACACACUCCCGGAGGGCUGGGGCCGCGGGAAGGACCUGCCCCGCGGCGAGCGCGGCGGCGAGGAGGACGUGGACAUGGAGAUCACGUUCACCCCCGGGCUGAGCGAGCGGAAGGACGACGGGGAGGAGACGACGCUGGAGAAGUAUAAGCGGAAGAUGAAGGACAAGAAGAAAAAGCGGAAGGAGGAGGUGGUGGAGCGGAGGAAGGCCAAGGGUGGUGGGGACGACGACGACGAUGACGAGGGCAGGAGCGAGAGGAAGGUCACUGGGGACGAGUUCUUCGCGGGUGACAGUGAGGAUGAGGGUAGCGAAGGCGGCGACGAAGCAGAGAAGAGGAAACAGACGACGAAGGGGAAGAAGGAUAAGAAAGACAAGGGCAAGGGCAAGAAAAGCCGCCGCGAGUCCGCCUCGCCCCCGCCCGCCCGGCACGUCUCCACCGCAGAGGAACUCGCCCUCCUCGCGGGGCCGUCCGGCGACGGCGCGAACGAGCCGAAGCACUUCAACAUGAAGGCGGUGAUUAAAGCCGAGAAGAGCGCGAAGCUGAAAGGCAAGAAGCGCAAGGGGAAGAAGGGCGCGGAGGAGGAUAACGAGCUGCAGGAGGACUUCAGCAUCAAUGUGAACGACGACCGGUUCAAGGCGGUGUUUGACGAGCAUGCGUUCGCGAUUGACCCAAGCAAUCCCCACUUCAAAGAGACCAAGAGCAUGAAGACUCUGCUUGAGGAGCGGUCGAAGCGGCAUAGGACAAAGAGCUCGAGAGGGGAGGAUGCUCCUUCAGGCACGAGUGUAGACAAGGGCGGGGAUUUGAAAAGCUUGGUUGAAAGGGUGAAGCGGAAGAGCGCAAAUGCUGAUAACUCUGGAGCUGGGAAGAGGAGGAAGGUCCUGUGA